UAAACAUGGGGGACUGGAAUUUCCUUGGAGGCAUUCUGGAGGAAGUUCACAUCCACUCCACCAUGAUUGGAAAGAUCUGGCUCACCACCCUGUUCAUAUUUCGUAUGCUUGUUUUGGGUGUAGCAGCUGAAAAUGUCUGGAAUGAUGAGCAGUCUGGCUUCAUUUGUAAUACAGAACAACCUGGCUGCAGGAAUGUAUGCUAUGACCAAGCUUUUCCUAUCUCCCUCAUUAGAUACUGGGUCCUGCAGGUGAUUUUUGUGUCUUCACCAUCCCUGGUUUACAUGGGCCAUGCUUUGUACCGACUGAGAGUCCUGGAGAAAGAGAGGCAGAGGGAGAAAGUUCAACUGAGAGGAGAACUGAAGGGGAUAGAGUUUGAAAUGUCUGAGGAUCGAAGGAGACUGGAGCAAGAACUUUGUCAGCUGGCACAAAGGAAAUUUAAUAAAGCUCCACUCCGGGGAACUCUGCUUUGCACUUACGUGAUACACAUUUUCGCUCGCUCUGUAGUUGAAGUUGGGUUCAUGAUUGGACAGUAUCUUUUAUAUGGAUUUCAUUUAGAGCCACUAUUUAAAUGCCAUGGCUACCCAUGUCCAAAUAUAAUUGAUUGUUUUGUUUCAAGACCUACAGAAAAGACAACAUUCCUAUUAUUUAUGCAAUCCAUAGCCACUGUUUCACUUUUCUUAAAUGUUCUAGAAAUUUUCCACCUAGGCUUCAAAAAGAUUAAAAGAGGGCUUUGGGGACAAUAUAAAUGGGAGGACGAGCAUAAAAAUGAAUUCUAUUCGAACAGGUCAAAACAAAAUCUUACCAAAUAUCAGAUCACAGCUGCAAACUCACUGAAGCGAUUCUCUUCUGCACCUGAUUAUAAUCUGAUAGUGGAAAAGCCAACACACACAACAGUGUAUCCUGGUUUAAAUUCCCCUGUACAUCAGGCAUAUCCUGACAAUCACAAUAGAAAUGAUGAGAAAUGCAUUUUGGAUGAACAGGAAACUGUACUGUCUGAUGAGAUGUGCACACUUAGUACUACCUGUAGUUGUAUUCAAUGCAUUGGCUCAAGUACUAAUGAAAACAGUCAUAAAAUAUCUGCAAAAGACGUUAAUGGAAACCAGUUAAGGAAAAAAAGAGAAAUUGAUGGCAAAAACAGCAAAAGGAACCAGUACCCUACAGGUCACUGUUCUAUUCCAGGUGUUGCUAUAGAUCUGGACAGCCACAUGGGGCAGUCACCCCAAACAGCUUUCUCUCUGCCAGCUAACUGCAUCUGGAAACCAAGGUGGCUUCGUGCUACCUGGAGUCCCUCUACAGGAGAUGAAAACUGGGUGUCACCUCCCAACGCUAACCUCAAGGGCCGGUCCAGAGAAGGCACAAUCAGAACCCUUUCUCCUUUAGAAGAAUUCCAACCACCUGACAUUCCAGACACUCCUAAUUCUUUUGGAGAGUUGUCCUUUGGAUCUGAGUUGGUCAGAACCUGCAAUAAUCCUACUGCUUGUCCUCAAAAUCAAUUAGUGUUGCUGACAAAUGAUCUUAUUAGUAGGCGGGCUACCACAGACCUUCAGAUCUGAACAGUUGGCUUUUAGACAUUCUGCAUAUUAUAUGAUCACAGAAGUAGCCUACUGAUAGCAGAACACAGACAAAACAGAUGAAGGUAGCUUUAAGACCAGGUGUUAAGAUGGACAAGUGCAAACCCAUUUUAGAAACAGCUCUAAUUUUGAACAGUGAAGGGGUAGUUUUGAAAACAAUUACAUAGAGUUAUCAAAUUGGAGUUACUUUUCACCCACACACUUCAGAAUUUGUGAAAACUGUGUUUGGGGAAAUCACAUGUUCAGAAUUGAGGCUAAAUGGAUGGCAACCAGGUUUUUCCUUGAAGGGACCACAGUCCUUUGGAGAUUGUUCUUGAUGUGCAUAAUUCCUCCUUUUAGUUACUUAUCUUUUAUUUGUGGACACUGGUUAAAUUCUGUUUGCUCCUGGGACUUUAGUUUCCUUAUAGACUGCAACCUAAUGU